AGGAGUGAGUUGAGAGGGCGCUUGGGUACACGCAGAAACCACACAAACAACACAUACACAAGCAGAAAAGGCUUGAAGCUUGGAAGCUCCAAGGAGGUUGUUUUAUGUUUUUGCUUGUGAAAAGGAAAAGAAAUGUCGAAGGAAGUGAGUGAAGAAGGACAGAGCCGCAAGGACUAUGUGGACCCUCCACCAGCACCACUUGUUGACAUGGCUGAGCUCAAGCUCUGGUCUUUCUACAGAGCACUCAUAGCUGAGUUCAUAGCCACUCUCCUUUUCCUCUAUGUUACCAUAGCAACUGUAAUUGGCCACAAGAAACAACAUGAUGCAUGUGAUGGGGUUGGUCUCUUGGGUAUUGCAUGGGCUUUUGGUGGCAUGAUAUUUAUUCUUGUUUACUGCACUGCUGGUAUCUCAGGUGGUCACAUUAACCCUGCAGUGACUUUUGGGUUGUUUUUGGCCCGUAAGGUGUCUCUGAUGAGGGCUGUUGCUUACAUGGUAGCUCAGUGCUUGGGUGCUAUCUGUGGAGUUGGGUUGGUUAAAGCUUUCAUGAAGCACGAUUACAACUCCCAAGGUGGUGGUGCUAACAUCGUGGUUUCUGGCUACAACAAGGGAACUGCUUUGGGAGCUGAGAUUAUUGGCACUUUCGUACUUGUCUACACUGUUUUCUCAGCCACUGACCCUAAGAGGAGCGCCCGGGACUCCCACGUCCCUGUGUUGGCUCCCCUUCCUAUUGGAUUUGCCGUUUUCAUGGUUCACUUGGCUACCAUCCCCAUCACUGGCACUGGCAUCAACCCUGCUAGGAGUAUUGGUGCUGCUGUUAUCUACAACAACGAAAAAGCCUGGGAUGACCAUUGGAUUUUCUGGGUUGGUCCUUUCGUCGGAGCACUCGCAGCAGCUGCAUAUCAUCAAUACAUUCUUAGAGCUGCAGCUAUCAAAGCCUUGGGAUCAUUCCGCAGCAAUCCCACCAACUAAAAAAAGCUCAUGGAAAAAUCAAAAUAACUUUAUCCGUGCUUCUCUUUUUUCUUCAUUUGUUCUUUUGUGUGUACGAGAGAAAGGAUGAGAGGAUGACUAUGAAGAUCUUUGGUUUUUUAAUUUUUUUUAAAAUUUAAAUAUUUUGUUGUUAGCUUUGGCAUCUGUAUCAUUGUUCUUUGGUAUGUUAUUAGCUUUCAUCUUAUCGUGUUUUAACCUUUAAUAGUCAGAGAAAUUCGAUUCCUUA